GGAGUCGACAAUAACAAACCAAGCCGCGGCGGUGUCCGCGGCCCUGCCGAGCCCUCGGCGUUGCCUCAGGGUCCCCCAGUUGCCUGGGCCCCUCGGCUCUGACAGGCCGUGGCCUUCUGUCCCCCGGCCCCAGACCCAGAGCCGAGGGGCCUGCCCGCGUCCUUCUCCGCCCGGACCCCUCCCUCCUGCCUAGAGUUCGGGGCCGCGGCGGGCGGGCGCCCGGGACGCCGGCGGUUGUGUCAGCUUAGUGGUGCCGAAUGGGCGGUUGGUAGCCGCCGCCGAGGACUAGGCGGCGGCGGAAAAUGGUGCCGGGGGUCGCUGGCUCUGCUGCUGCCGCCGGCGAAGGAGGAGGCGCUGCCGGUUCUCUGAGUUUAACCAGUAAUGCCAUUCAGUUGCCAAUCUCAAGCAAAGCAAACAUAAACCAGUUUUAAUCUACUUUUUAAGAAAAGUGGUAGUCCUUUUCACAGUGCCUGACGUAACCGUAUCAGAGGGUGAGGUAUAAGCUCACAGAAUUCAGAUAAACCAUCAUGAAGUUAUAUGUAUUUCUGGUUAACACUGGAACUACUCUAACAUUUGACACUGAACUUACAGUGCAAACUGUGGCAGACCUUAAACAUGCCAUUCAAAGCAAAUACAAGAUUGCUAUUCAACACCAGGUGCUGGUGGUUAAUGGAGGAGAAUGCAUGGCUGCAGAUCGAAGAGUGUGUACCUACAGUGCUGGGACGGAUACAAAUCCAAUUUUUCUAUUUAACAAAGAAAUGAUCUUAUGUGAUCGUCCACCUGCUAUUCCUAAAACUACCUUUUCGACAGAAAAUGACAUGGAAAUAAAAGUUGAAGAAUCUCUUAUGAUGCCUGCAGUUUUUCAUACUGUUGCUUCAAGGACACAGCUUGCAGUGGAAAUGUAUGAAGUUGCCAAGAAACUUUGUUCUUUUUGUGAAGGUCUUGUACAUGAUGAACAUCUUCAGCACCAAGGCUGGGCUGCAAUUAUGGCCAACCUGGAGGACUGUUCAAAUUCAUACCAAAAGCUACUUUUCAAGUUUGAAAGUAUUUAUUCAAAUUAUCUGCAGUCCAUAGAAGACAUCAAGUUAAAACUUACUCAUUUAGGAACUGCAGUUUCAGUAAUGGCCAAGAUUCCACUAUUGGAGUGCCUAACCAGACAUAGUUACAGAGAAUGUUUGGGAAGACUGGAUUCUUUACCUGAACAUGAAGGCCAGGAAAAAGCUGAGAUGAAAAGAUCCACUGAACUGGUGCUGUCUCCUGAUAUGCCUAGAACAACUGACCAAUCUUUGUUAACCUCAUUUCCCAAGUCAGUGGAACAUGUGUCCCCAGAUACCACAGAUGCUGAAAGUGGCAAAGAGAUUAGGGAAUCUUGUCAAAGUACUGUUCAUCAGCAAGAUGAAACUACGAUAGACACUAAAGAUGGUGAUCUGCCCUUUUUUAAUGUUUCUUUGUUAGACUGGAUAAAUGUUCAAGAUAGACCUAAUGAUGUGGAAUCUUUGGUCAGGAAGUGCUUUGAUUCUAUGAGCAGGCUUGAUCCAAGGAUUAUUCGACCAUUUAUAGCAGAAUGCCGUCAAACUAUUGCCAAACUUGAUAAUCAGAAUAUGAAAGCCAUUAAAGGGCUUGAAGAUCGGCUCUACGCCCUGGACCAGAUGAUUGCUAGCUGUGGCCGACUGGUGAAUGAACAGAAAGAGCUUGCUCAGGGAUUUUUAGCUAAUCAGAAGAGAGCUGAAAACUUAAAGGAUGCAUCCGUAUUACCUGAUUUAUGCCUGAGUCACGCAAAUCAGUUGAUGAUUAUGUUGCAAAAUCAUAGAAAACUGUUAGAUAUUAAACAGAAGUGUACCACUGCCAAGCAAGAACUAGCAAAUAACCUACAUGUCAGACUGAAGUGGUGUUGCUUUGUAAUGCUUCAUGCUGAUCAAGAUGGAGAGAAGUUACAAGCUUUGCUCCGCCUCGUGAUAGAGCUGUUAGAAAGAGUCAAAAUUGUUGAAGCUCUUAGUACAGUUCCUCAGAUGUACUGCUUAGCUGUUGUUGAGGUUGUAAGAAGAAAAAUGUUCAUAAAACACUACAGGGAGUGGGCUGGUGCUUUAGUGAAAGAUGGAAAGAGAUUAUAUGAAGCAGAAAAAUCAAAAAGGGAAUCCUUUGGGAAAUUAUUUAGGAAGUCUUUUUUAAGAAAUCGUCUGUUUAGGGGACUGGACUCCUGGCCCCCUUCCUUUUGUACUCAGAAGCCUCGAAAGUUUGACUGUGAACUUCCAGAUAUUUCAUUAAAAGAUUUACAGUUUCUGCAAUCAUUUUGUCCUUCGGAAGUUCAGCCAUUCCUCAGGGUUCCCUUACUUUGUGACUUUGAACCUCUACACCAGCAUGUACUUGCUCUACAUAAUUUGGUAAAAGCAGCACAAAGUUUGGAUGAAAUGUCACAGACCAUUACAGAUCUACUGAGUGAACAAAAGGUAUCUGUGAGUCAGACAUCCCCACAGUCUGCUUCUUCACCAAGGAUGGAAAGUACAGCAGGAAUUACAACUACUACCUCACCGAGAACUCCUCCACCACUGACUGUUCAGGAUCCCUUAUGUCCUGCAGUUUGUCCCUUAGAAGAAUUAUCUCCAGAUAGCAUUGAUGCACAUACAUUUGAUUUUGAAACUAUUCCUCAUCCAAACAUAGAACAGACUAUUCACCAAGUUUCUUUAGACUUGGAUUCAUUAGCAGAAAGUCCUGAAUCAGAUUUUAUGUCUGCUGUGAAUGAGUUUGUAAUAGAAGAAAAUCUGUCAUCUCCUAAUCCUAUAAGUGAUCCACAAAGCCCAGAAAUGAUGGUGGAAUCACUUUAUUCAUCAGUUAUCAAUGCAAUAGACAGUAGACGUAUGCAGGAUACAAAUGUAUGUGGUAAGGAGGAUUUUGGAGAUCAUGCUUCUCUGAAUGUCCAGUUAGAAAGAUGUAGAGUUGUUGCCCAAGACUCUCACUUCAGUAUACAAACCAUUAAGGAAGACCUUUGCCACUUUAGAACAUUUGUACAAAAAGAACAGUGUGACUUCUCAAAUUCAUUAAAAUGUACAGCAGUAGAAAUAAGAAACAUUAUUGAAAAAGUAAAAUGUUCUCUGGAAAUAACACUAAAAGAAAAACAUCAAAAAGAACUACAGUCUUUAAAAAAUGAAUAUGAAGGUAAACUUGACGCACUAAUAAAGGAAACUGAAGAGAAUGAAAACAAAAUUAAAAAAUUGAAGGGAGAGUUAGUAUGCCUUGAGGAGGUUUUACAAAAUAAAGAUAAUGAAUUUGCUUUGGUUAAACAUGAAAAAGAAGUUGUAAUCUGCCUGCAGAAUGAAAAGGAUCAGAAGUUGUUAGAAAUGGAAAAUAUAAUGCACUCUCAAAAUUGUGAAAUUAAAGAACUGAAGCAGUCACGAGAAAUAGUGUUAGAAGACUUAAAAAAGCUCCAUGUUGAAAAUGAUGAGAAGUUACAGUUAUUGAGGGCAGAACUUCAGUCUUUGGAGCAAAGUCAUCUAAAGGAAUUAGAGGACACACUUCAGGUUAGGCACAUACAAGAGUUUGAGAAGGUUAUGACAGACCACAGAGUUUCUUUGGAGGAAUUAAAAAAGGAAAACCAACAAAUAAUUAAUCAAAUACAAGAAUCUCAUGCUGCAGUUAUCCAGGAAAAAGAACAACAGUUACAGGAAUUAAAACUCAAAGUUUCUGAUUUGUCAGACAUGAGAUGCAAGUUAGAGGUUGAACUUGCAUUGAAGGAAGCAGAAACUGAUGAAAUAAAAAUUUUGCUGGAAGAAAGCAGAGCCCAGCAGAAGGAGACCUUGAAAUCUCUUCUUGAACAGGAGACAGAAGAUUUGAGAACAGAAAUCAGUAAACUCAACCAAAAAAUUCAGGAUAAUAAUGAAAAUUAUCAGGUGGGCUUAGCAGAGCUAAGAACUUUAAUGACAAUUGAAAAAGAUCAGUGUAUUUCUGAGUUAAUUAGUAGACAUGAAGAAGAAUCUAAUAUACUUAAAGCUGAAUUAAACAAAGUAACAUCUUUGCAUCACCAAGCAUUUGAAAUAGAAAACACCCUGAAAGAACAAAUAAUUGAACUGCAGAGUAAAUUGAACUCAGAAUUGAGUGCUCUUGAAAAACAGAAAGAUGAACAAAUCACCCAACAAGAAGAGAAAUAUGAAGCUAUUAUCCAGAACCUUGAGAAAGACAGACAAAAAUUGGUCAUCAGCCAGGAACAAGACAGAGAACAGUUAAUUCAGAAGCUUAAUUGUGAAAAAGAUGAAGCUAUUCAGACUGCCCUAAAAGAAUUUAUAUUGGAGAGAGAAGUUGUUGAGAAACAGUUAUUAGAAAAAGUAAAACAUCUUGAGAAUCAAAUAGCAAAAAGUCCUGCCAUUGACUCUACCAGAGAAGAUUCUUCAAGCUUAGUUGCUGAACUUCAAGAAAAGCUUCAGGAAGAAAAAGCUAAGUUUCUAGAACAACUUGAAGAGCAAGAAAAAAGAAAGAAUGAAGAAAUGCAAAAUGUUCGAACAUCUUUGAUUGCAGAACAACAGACCAAUUUUAACACUGUUUUAACAAGAGAGAAAAUGAGAAAAGAAAACAUAAUAAACGAUCUUAGUGAUAAGUUGAAAAGUACAAUGCAGCAACAAGAACGAGAUAAAGAUUUGAUAGAGUCACUUUCUGAAGAUCGAGCUCGUUUGCUUGAGGAAAAGAAAAAGCUUGAAGAAGAAGUCAGUAAGUUGCGUAGUAGCAGUUUUGUUCCUUCACCAUAUGUAGCUACAGCCCCAGAACUUUAUGGAGCUUGUGCACCCGAACUCCCAGGUGAAUCAGAUAGAUCUGCUGUGGAAACAGCAGAUGAAGGAAGAGUGGAUUCAGCAAUGGAGACAAGCAUGAUGUCUGUACAAGAAAAUAUUCAUAUGUUGUCUGAAGAAAAACAGCGGAUAAUGCUGUUAGAACGAACAUUGCAAUUGAAAGAAGAAGAAAAUAAACGGUUAAAUCAAAGACUGAUGUCUCAGAGCAUGUCUUCAGUAUCUUCAAGGCAUUCUGAAAAGAUAGCUAUUAGAGAUUUUCAGGUGGGAGAUUUGGUACUCAUCAUCCUAGACGAACGCCAUGACAAUUAUGUGUUAUUUACUGUUAGUCCUACUUUAUAUUUUCUACAUUCAGAGUCUCUACCUGCCCUGGAUCUCAAACCAGGUGAGGGUGCUUCAGGUGCAUCUAGAAGACCCUGGGUACUUGGAAAAGUAAUGGAAAAAGAAUACUGUCAAGCCAAAAAGGCACAAAACAGAUUUAAAGUUCCUUUGGGGACAAAGUUUUACAGAGUGAAAGCCGUAUCAUGGAAUAAGAAAGUAUAACUUACGGAUAAAAUUAAUACAUUCUAUGACUUUUUUUUCUGAUUUGUCCUGCAGUGCUCAUUCAUCACUCCAAAAACAGCAGGCCAUCUUUUUAUGCAAAAGUCAUCGUGACAAUAUGCUUCAUUGGUGUACAUCAUUUACUUUUUAACUGGCUUCAUUUUAGGAAUAAUUAAUUCAUCAAAAUCUUUGGCUGAAUUAAAAUGGUUUUUGUUUUUUGUUUUUACCCAGACAACUCUAGAAAUGCGGACCAAACUAGUUCAUUUUCUCAAAGGGCAUACCUUGUGCAUUGUGGCUUAUGAUGAGCCAUAUUAAUUGCCUGUUAAAUAUACACUAGCUUGAACUUAGAUGUUAAAUGUUAUUAUUACCAGCAUUUGUCCUUUUGUGAAAUCAGUAUCAGAAUACUUGCACUCUUUAACACAUUCUUUAUAAAAUGUAUAAAUUCUUCAAAACUAUUUAAAGAAGAGUGUUAUUGCAUGCAGAUAAUCAUUUUGAGUUUGCCUCGGUAGAUUACUAAAGCAAGUUGUUUCAGUUUUCUUAAAUGCCCUUUGAUGUUUCAAAAAAAAAGGAACUGUAAUUUGAUUGACUGAUUUUAAGAUCAGCCAUAAAUAAUCAGCAAUCUUCAAAAGCACUUUCAAUGGAUUGGUCAUCUGGGUUCUAAAGGAAAGAGUCUGUGCUACUAACCAUUUCAAAUGCAGACUCAAACCUUCCCAACAUCUUUAUGACUCUAGAAUAAUCAUAUUGAUGAAAUCGUAAUUCAUGGUUGAGUUUCAGAACAAAAGAUAUUCAUUGCACAUUAACCAUUUAGAGGUCAUUUAAAUAACAAAAUAUUGUAUUGUAAAAGAACUGUACAAUUUUAAAACAAUAAAGAUUUGAACCUGUAAAUGUGUGUGCCUUUUAAAGAAGGAUACAUUUUUAAUAUAUUUGAGUGAUUGCUGGGAAGUGUGAAAAUAUUGUUAUGUAUCAUAUCAAAGAGAAACAUGUUUAUUACAAAAAUGUUCUUUAACUAUAUACUAUGUAACAGGGUAAACAGUGUUACGUAGAAUAGAAUUGUGUAAACUAGAUCUUUAGAGAAGUUGCCAUUGAGCAAAGUUAUUUAAAUGAGUUAGUUGAGUUGGAUGAGAAUUGUUUGAGAUCUGUUGCUAGAAAACAAUAAUAAAAUAAUUCUUUUUCAGAAAAUAUUUAAUUUCUUCAUAAAAAUAAGUUAAAUAUUUUUUUAAAUAUGUGUAUCUAAUAGUACAAAAUGGAAUAAACAUCGUAGUGUAUAGAAAACUGAAUUUGACAAGUUAAUGAAUAAAUGAACAAAUGAUUUCA